GUUUAUGCCGGGUACUUGUGCUUUGGCGGUCUGCCUUAUCGAUAGUCGUCAGCUGGGUGUGGCUUGAGGGGUGGGCCGCAUGAGGGGCUACGUAAUCUGGGCGCAUGCGACAGCUGCGAAGGCGAUAUUCCGAACCAGACCCAGCAAACAAGCUUCAUUCCUUGAUAAACGCGCAAGCAAGUCUCGACCAAAGGAAACUGGCCAUCUUCCCACGCCCUUGAGUCUCAUAAUUUUCACCUCCCAUUUUCCAAAUCUCGAUUAGACAGCUCGAAAUGUCGGCCGAAGCGACCAAUACGCCCCAGGCGCCCGAAUCUCCUACGACCGUUCGACCUCUCGAGAUGGAUGACGACGAUGUUCAGGAGCAAGGGACGCUGAAUGUCGAGGACGCUGCUGCCAAGUCCAACGCAACAACGCCUGCCUCAGCAAAUGCGACCACCACCGGAUCAGACGAAGCUGCUCCACCGAGACCUCCCCGGCCGCUGUCCGAGGAACAAAAGAGCCAGCAGAUGUUGAAGGAGGCAUUCCCGACCGUCGAUGACAGCGUCAUCAAAGCCGUACUCAGGGCUAGCAGCGGGCGCAUCGAGUCCGCCUUCAACGCGCUCCUCGAGAUGACAGACCCCGAUGCCGCCGAGCGGGACCGUCCGCCCCCGCAGCCCCCGAGGCCCGUUGUAGACCCCCUGGGCCCUACCUCGACCGACCAGUCGCAGCUCGAGGCCGACGAGAUAUACGCGCGCCAGCUUGCCGAACACUACGAGAACGUGGGCGCAUACGAGGCCAGGACCUCCAAUCGGGGCCAUCCCGGUGGCGGCCACGCCCGUCGGCAGCAGACCGGUCUCGGGCCGCAGGACGACCCGUACGACCGCGAGCACAGCUUCAUCGACGACGACCUACCCGUUAUCAAGGAGAGCCUGCGCAAGGGCUUCGUGGAGACGCAGAGCAAGGUCAACACGUGGUUCACGAAUCUGAAGAAGAGGAUCGACGACCAGUUCGACGAGGAGGAUGAGCGCGAGCGCGAGGCUCGGGCAAGUGGUCAGUUCAUGGGGCGGCCGACGCGCGACCAAACGCGGAGGAGCAAUGACUACGACCGCUACGAUGCGGACCCCGAGCUACUGAGCGACGACUUCGCGGGGAUGAAAUUCCGCAGUGACGGUACGCCCGUCCAACCCCAACAGGCCUUUGGCGGCAGCAACCCGAACCUCUUCAAGCCGCCCCCGCCCUCCAAGUCCCCCAAGCCAGGCGACGGCAGGAAGGUCUCGUUCCGCGACACGGUCGAGGACAUCGACGCUUACAACGCGUCGCCCAAGAUCCCGCCAAAGGACGCCGCCGCCCCCGGUCCCGGAGGCACGGCCAAGGCAAGCAAGUGGCAGCCGCUGUCCCCGGUCGACCCGAACCCGAUCGUGGAGAACGACCCGUUCAGCCUCGGGGACAGCGACGACGAGCGGGAGAUGAAGGAUAAGACAGGGUCCAGGGAGAUUAAAAUGGAGGAUACCGAGCGGUUGAAACAGGCCACGGCGGACGCGAUGGCGGACAGUUUGGUGGAGGACAAGAGCAAGGGGGAUGGUGGUAGUGGGGGUGCUGCUGGUGGUGCUGGGACUAAAUAGGGGGUGGCGGCACGUGCUUGUGGUUAGGUAUUGAAUAUUCACAGCGUUGAUUGUUAA